ACGUGCGAUAAAGGUAGAUUGAUCGGACACGUUGCUUGUAUUUGGUCAGUGACUGGAGUGAAAUAAGUAGCCAGCAAUACAAGUUGAGCACUAUCAAGGCGAUAAAGUUGGCAACGUGGACUUUGUGGAAAUAGGACCUUCAAAAGAACUCACUAUUGUAUGCCAGUUAACAAUACACUUUGUUGAAGAAACGGUCAAUAGAAACAUGCACAAAGUGUGCCUCGUUUUGUUUUUAUUUGCUUCCGUCUACUCUGAGUCGGUAUGGGAGACUGAGACAUGGAUGCCCAUGAAGACGACCCAAGCUAUUUCUCAUGACGAGCUCAUCUCGUCUGGAGACGGCUCAGACUUUGGCUUCCCUGAUGAGGAGCACGACACAAUUGACAAUGAGGACAAGACGGACGACAAUGAGGAUUAUGACAACUUCUCUGGCUCUGGCGACGGAGUACCAACUAUUACAAUCAAAAAUGACAAUACCAUGAAAUCAAAGCCUUCUAUGAACAACAAGAUUCCAGACCGGAGGCUCAAACCCACAGUGAACGAGAUUCAAUUGGUCCAGAAGAACAAUGAAGUGUCAGUAUGGGUUUUUCCCAAGCCUGAGGAGCACCCAUCGAACGUACUGAUGGCCCAUGCAGGGGAGGAGAGCAUCUUCAACAAGACUGAGGUCCUAGCAGCUCUUAUUGCUGGUGGAGCAGUGGGGCUGUUCUUUGCUGUCCUCCUCAUCCUCCUGCUUGUCUACCACAUGAAGAAGAAGGAUGAAGGCAGCUACGACCUGGGAAAGAAGCCCAUCUACAAGAAGGCUCCCACCACAGAGGUCUACGCAUAAAGCCCACCUUCGCCGGGGCCGCUUGCCUCUUGAAAGCAAACCUCUCCUCUUGUCUGUACAGCCGGGAAGUCCCAGAGGGAGAAGCCAUCACAAGCAAAAAACUGCUUCUCUUCUACCAUGAGUUCUACAAUGGUUUAUUUAAAUAAAUAAAAAAUCGGAAACAACACUUUAUUAAAUGUCCGUUAAUAGGAAGAGGACCAUUUCAGCUGCCAAACAAUGCAGUGCAAGAUAUUUUGAUUUUUCUUGCCCGUUUAAAAACGAAAGUGACACUGCAGCAAAAUCUUGACAUUUCCCUCCCACCUUCUCUUUAAUGACACUAACAAGGUGAAUGAGAACUUCACUCUCUGUGAGGUGACAUGGUACAAAUAUUGCUACAGCUUUUUAUUUUCCUCCCCCCUCUAACCUUGGUACCCAUUCUUGUGUUAAUACUGCUAUUACAGAAGUCUGUCACUAUUGCAUUUUAUAUUUGCAGUGCAUUCGUAAAGUAUUCAGACUGCGUUUUCCACAUUUUGUUAUACAGCCUUAUUCUAAAAUGUAUUGAAUUGGGGGGGUUCUCAAUCUAUUACACCUAAUACCCACCCCAUAAUGACAAACCAAAAA